AUGCCGAGGAUUCUUUAUUAUGAUAUUAACUGGUUCGAGGACGGCUUACAUCCUGUGUGGAGCAACAGCGACGAAGAGGGUGACCCUCAAGACGUCGACGUCGACAACAUGGAUGAAGAGGUUUCGAGUCAGCUUGCUCGAGAUCACGAUGAGGAAUCCGACCAAGGAUACCAGCAACCCCCUUCACAACAGCACGACAAUAUCACCAUACCUAUCGAAUCCCCUAUAGACUACGAUGACGUUUAUUACGGUCGUAGUUACGACACGCGUGAACUAAAUGCCUACUACGCCGACUAUCAGGAAGAGUCCUGGGAAAUACGGCCUAAAAUGAGCCAACUAGUCACAGCGGACACGUAUUCUUGGUGGUGGUUCCCGAUCAUGAUCGAAAGGGUGAACAACAAACUGUACGACUGGGACUUCCGGUACUAUUGGGACUCCGAUUCCGUGGGGUCUCCGGGGUAUUACGACGAGGGAUACGAUUCCCACGAUGAGCGAUACACCUGGCUAAGCAACCAGGAAUGGGAAAGUGAACGCGAAUCUCGUAAUGAGUCUGAGGGAUGGGGUACGGCUGUCCCAGGCGAAAUUGACGAGAAUCUCCCGAACCUGGCCAACUUCCCUCCCGACCGUGAUUACUUUAUUCACCCUCGUCACCCCACUGAUCAGUGGUGGCCACUCUCAUAG